UCUCUCUCUCUCUCUCUCUCUCUCUCUCUCUCUCUCUCUCUCUCUCUCUCUCAUCAGCUUCUCGAACAAGAACAGAGAUGGGGAAAGGUCCAGGUCUAUAUCCCGAUAUCGGCAAAAAAGCCAGAGAUCUUCUGUACAGGGAUUACCAAGGCGACCAUAAGUUCUCUGUCACUACCUAUGCAGCGAAUGGCGUUGCCAUUACCUCAUCAGGAUCCAAGAAAGGCGACUUCUUCUUAGCAGAUGUAAGCACCAAACUAAUCAACAAAAACAUCACAACCGAUGUCAAAGUGGACACAAACUCAAAGCUAUUCACAACUAUCACUGUCGAUGAAGCUGCACCAGGAUUAAAAACCAUCUUCAGCUUCAUUGCCCCUGAUCAGAAAUCUGGCAAGGUUGAACUUCAGUACUUACAUGAGUACGCAGGAAUCAGUACAAGCAUCGGUUUGACCGCUAGCCCCAUAGUCAACUUCUCCGGUGUGGCGGGAAACAACACAGUAUCACUCGGGACUGAUGUUUCCUUUGACACUGCUUCCGGAAACUUCACCAAAUAUAAUGCUGCCUUAAGUUUCACAUCCACUGACCUCAUUGCAUCCUUGAUACUGAAUGAUAAAGCGGAUACGCUUACGGCUUCAUAUUACCACACGGUUAGCCCGUUGACCAACACUGCGGUUGGUGCAGAGUUGAGUCACGGGUUCUCAAGUAAUGAGAACUCGUUGACUAUCGGGAGUCAGCAUUUGCUUGAUCCCUUAACCUUGGUUAAGGCGCGUGUUAACAAUGCUGGAAUAGCGAGCGCUGUAUUGCAGCAUGAAUGGCGUCCUAAAUCGUUGUUUACUAUCUCGGGUGAAGUGGAUACGAGGGCGAUUGAGAAAAGUGCCAAAGUUGGAUUGGCUAUUGCUUUAAAGCCUUGAAAAAUGCCAAUUACCAAAUGCUAUAACUUAUUACAAAUGUGAUGAAGAGAGAAAUAAGGUGUUCGGUUUUUUUUUUUUUUAUUAAUUAAUCAUGUUUCAUGAUUUGUUGGGUGUCAUAUUCUCAUUGUUGAC